UGAAAGACACUCUCAUUUCUUGCUGCUGCUUAACACAGGACCACAGACACAAAGACUGAGCUGAUACCAAUGACAUAAUCAUGGGGAGCCAAUGCUCUGCACUCUGGAGGGGUAAAAUAAAGGAAAAGGAACCUGACCAAAAGAUAGACGAGGUGUCCACCACAGGGAAAAGUCCAGAAAAGUCUCCUCUCCUCCAAAGAAAGCUAUCUCUGCAGGAGGAGGGGGGAAACGUAGAGGAGACACCAGUGGAUGAGAUUUUAAGGAGUGUGUGCCUCUCUGAACAACAUGAUUCUGCUUCAGCCAUCACAGAGAAGAAAGACGCUGACUGGGUGGACAACAACAGGGCUAAGCUCAUUCAAAGCGUUACUUCAGUGAUGCCAAUAGCAGAUGAGAUGGUUGAGCAGAAAAUAAUCCAUAAUGAGAUGUACGCCAACAUUAUGGCUGCCAGCACCAGCCAGGAACAGAUGAGGGCGCUCUAUACAGCCCUCACAUCUACCAAAGCCAAAUGUGCCUUCUACAGAAUCCUCCAGGACAUUCAGCCAGAGAUAAGUGAAACAGAAGAUGUUGUCGAAGAAGUCCGCGCAAAGCACAAAAAACAUCUGAUGGACAGGUUUAAAUAUGAGUUUGAAGGCACUGACAAAGAUUAUAAGGAUUUGAAAUCAUUGGACAAAAUUUACACAGAGCUUCACAUUAUCCAGGGGGAAAGUGAACGUGUCAAUAAAGAGCAUGAGAUCUGGGAGAUUGAAGACAGGACGAGGAGUGAAACAGCUGAGGGCGCCAAAAUCAACUGCAAUGACAUCUUCAAAAGUACCCCAGAAAAUAACAUGUCAUCUGGGCAAGACAGAAGAGAAGUGAGAGCUAUAAGGACUGUGAUGACAAAGGGAAUCGCUGGCAUUGGAAAAACUGUCUCUGUGAAGAAGUUCAUCCUUGACUGGGCAUAUGAUAGAGCCAAUCAGGACUUGGACUUCAUCUUUGUGCUGCCAUUCAGGGAGCUAAAUCUGGUUAUAGGUGAUCAGUUAAGCCUUGAGACACUUGUAAAAAAAUUCCACCCGGAACUUAAAAACAUAGCAGUUGCAAGAAUAUUUGAUAACUGCAAAGUUUUGUUCAUUUUUGAUGGUCUUGAUGAAAGCCAACUUCAACUGGAUUUCAAAUGCACAGUGCUGACAGAUGCGACUGAGAAAUCAUCAGUGGACAUUAUUGUGACCAACCUCAUCCGGAAACAUCUUCUUCGCUCCGCUUUUGUCUGGAUAACCUCAAGACCAGGAGCAGUUCACCGCAUCCCUCGCAAGCUUAUAUACCAGUGGACUGAGGUCAGAGGAUUUAAUGAUGAACAAAAAAUACAGUACUUCAGGAAGAGAGUUGAGAAUGAGGCAGUUGCUGACAGAAUUAUUCACAACAUUAAGAUGUCCCGGAGCUUAUACAUUAUGUGUCACAUACCUAUCUUCUGUUGGAUUGCGGCAAAGGUUCUUGCACAUUUGCUGCAAAAAAAGGACAAAACUCAAGAUGAAAACAUAAUGAUACCCACAACUCUUACUGAGAUGUACACACACUUCUUGUGCAUUCAAAUGCAGGUAGCGACUGAAAAGUAUGAGAAACUGAAUUUAUCAGAUACAGAGGAGAUCUUCAAGUCAAAUGAAGAAUUCAUUUUUAAAUUAGGCAGGAUGGCAUUUGAACAAUUGAAAGAAGGCAACAUCAUAUUUACUGCCAAUGAUCUAAAAAACUAUGGCAUUGACUUGCGCCAAGCUGGAGUUUACUGUGGGUUGUGCACAGAGAUAUUCAAAGAAGAGAGUGCGUUCUACACAAAGAAACUCUACUGCUUUGUGCAUUUGACAGUCCAGGAGUAUUUUGCUGCUCUCUUUGUGUACCGCAGUUUUGCAAGUAAAAAAAUAGAUUCUCUGAGCCUCAAGGACUUCCUGCUAAAGGGGUCUGAGGAAGAACUCAAGUCUAAAUUGGAUGCAGAUCCAGUUGAUUUACCUUUGGAUGAGCUGAUUGAAAUUUCAAUAGCUAAUUCAACUCUGAGAAAGACAGGAGAACUGGACAUGUUCCUCAGGUUCCUUACUGGCAUGUCUCUACAAUCAACACAAGAACUGCUUCAAGGCCUGAUUCAACAGACAGAGGAACACUCUGCAGUUGUUAAGGAAAUUAGGAUUAGUCUAAUAGAAAUUGAUUUAGGGGACUGUUCACCUGAAAGAUGUCUGAACCUUGUUCACUGCCUGAUUGAGCUGAAAGACAGUUCCCUACAUGAUACUGUGCAGCAGUAUCUGAAACAAAAUCACUGCCCAGAAAAACAGCUCACCCCUGUUCAGUGCUCAGCUCUGGCCGACUCCAUUCUAAUGUCAAAUACGCCUCUAGAUGAAUUCAACCUGAAGAAAUACAGACCGUCAGCAAAAGGUGUUUUUAGGCUUGUCCCAGCUGUGAGGAACAGCAGAAAAGCAACAAUCUCAGGGGUGUCUCUCGAUGUGUGGCUUUGUGAAACAAUCUCCUCAGCUCUUCGAAUGCCAAACUCAGUGCUCACUGAACUGCACCUGAUAAAUAAUAUUUUUUAUGACAAAGGUACAAAGAUCUUGACUGAUGGACUGAACUCUCAGUGUAAACUAGAAGCUCUGAGUCUCUCAGGUAAGGGACCCUCACAACCAGAGUGUGAAAGAUUGGCAUCAGCUAUCAUAUCAGUCAUCUCAAAUCUAAGAGAACUGGAGCUGAGUGGCAACAUACUGGAAGACUCCAUAUGCUCUGUGGUUUCUGUUGGGCUUGGCAGCCCUAAACUGGAGAAGCUCAGACUUAACCGAAAUCCUGGGACUGCAGAAAUAUGUAAGGAGUUGGUGACAGCCCUCACAUCCAAACCAAGUUACCUGCGAGAGUUGCAACUGAGUUACACCAAUUUGAAAGACUCCGAAAUGGAGAUCCUCUGUACAGGGCUGAUGAGCACAAACUGUACACUGGAAAUAUUGAGUGUCAGUCACAACAGACUCACGGACAAAAGUUGUAAGAUGGUGUCCUCAGCACUUGGCUCCAAACCUUCACCCCUGACUGUGCUGGACCUGAGCUACAAUGUCUUGCAUGACUCAGGAGUGAGGGCGCUCUGUGAUGCACUGAUGAAUCCACACUGUGGUUUAAAAACAUUAAGGCUGUCCUUCUGUAAAGUGACAGGAGAAGGAUGUGCUGCCCUGGCCUCGGCUCUGAGGUCUGACCACUGCAGCCUCUGGGAGCUGGACCUGAGCUUUAAUCACCUGGGUGAUCAAGGAGUCAAGCUUCUGACUGAAAUACAGAAGGAUUCACGCUACAGUCUGGAGAAACUUAAUGUGGACCAAAAUGAUGAAUGCUGGUUUGACUUGAAGCUUCUGAGACAAUAUGCCUGUGAUCUGACGCUGGACCCCAACACAGCAGGUGUGGAACUAAUUUUGACAGAUGACAACAAAAGGGCAACAUUUGUUCAUGAGAAGCAACCAUAUCCUUAUAAUCCAGACAGAUUUGACUGCUUUCAAGUACUGUGUAAAGAAAGUCUGACCAGUCGCCAUUACUGGGAGGUUGAAAUUGAAUCAGUUGAUGUUGGAGUGGCAUAUAAAAGUAUCAACAGGGUGGGAGACUGUUCAUCUGAAUUUUCUCUGGGAAAAAAUGAAAAGUCUUGGUGCUGGUUUCAUGAGGGGCACUUUUAUCAUAACAAUUCUUGUCUGGAGUUAAUUGACUGUGCUACAUCCAGUAGUACGCUUGGAGUGUAUCUGGACUGGCCAGCAGGUAUUUUGUCCUUUUUUCGGGUCUUUCCUGAUGCACUGAGCCACCUGUACACCGUCUGUACAACUUUUACUGAGCCCCUCCAUCCUGGUUUCGCUGUGGAUUUUGGAUCAGUUUACCUUUGUAAAAUAAAGUAACCAAAAAUCUAAAACCAAAACUAAAAAGAGCUGAUCCCUGCUGGUUACAUGCAAAAACUGUGCAUGUCAAAUAGUAAUAAUAAUUAUGAAAAAAUAGUACAGUGGCACAUUUAGGCAAAUAUGAAAUCAAUUCUUAUCUCCUAAAAUCUAAUAUUUUUAAUUGCACCUUUGAUAUCUGGUUGAAUCCCUGUGGAUAUAUGCACAGGCAAACCUAUAAGUACAGUAUGUGAGUGUGUGUGUGUUUUAAGGUAAAAAGCACACACUGAUGAAUGUACAAUGAAGUCACGUGUGUGUGUGUGUGGGGUGUGUGUGUGUGUGCGCGUGUAUGUUCUUGGAUUGAUUUAGAAUAAAUACCUUGUAAGCAUUACGCUCAGUUCUGAAGGCUGCUAUGUUCACAAAGGCAUCUCUGUGUGAGUAUGUAUGUAUGACUUUCUAUUCUGAAAAAUGAAAGUGAAAUGUUUUGUCUAAUUUGAAGCCUAAUAAAAACAGUUUAACAUUA